AUGGCUUCAGAUAAUGGGAGGAGAAAAGAUCCAGGAUGGAAAUAUAAUUAUUUAGCUAAUGUUGAAGAUAAAAAUGCAGUGACUUGCCUCUUUUGUAAUAAAGUCACAAAGGGAGGGAUACAUAGAGCAAAACAGCAUCAAGUAGGGAAUUUUAAAAACAGUACAAAAUGUUUAAAAUGUCCUGAUCAUGUUAGAGAAGAGCUUGCACAGUAUAUGGCAGAGAAGAAGAGUGACAAGGAGAACUAUGACAAGAUGCCUGAUUUUGAUGAUAUAGAUAAUAUGAUUGAAAUUGAGGAUGUAGAUGAUGAUGAGGUAGAGGAAGUAGAAGUUAUCCAAAAAAGGAAAAAAUCAUGCUCUAGUAAGAGAGGGGUUAGCAGUAGCACCCAAUUGAGAACUAUGAAAUUAAUGCCAAAGUCUAAGAAGUUGAAAGGUCCUAUGGAUUCUUUUGUAAGAUUAAAGCUAGAAAAAGUGGUUGCACUUAGGAAACAGGGUAAGAUGAAGCAAACUAACAUCAAUGAUAAACUUGACAAAGAGAAAAGAGCACAAGCUUGUCAGUAUAUUGGCCGGCUAUUUUAUCUAGCCGGUAUACCAUUCAAUGUUGCUCGCUUAGAUGAAUUUAAAUGGGCAAUUGAAGCUAUUAGGCAGUAUGGUCCAAAUAUGAAGCCUCCUAGUUACCAUGAGUUAAGAGUUCCAAUUCUCAAAAAGGAGGUGGGUUACACAAAUGAGUUAUUGAGUAAUCACAAGCAAGAUUGGAAGAAAUAUGGCUAUUCUAUUAUGUCUGAUGGGUGGACUAGUAGAACCAAUAGGACCUUGAUUAACUUUUUGGUGAAUUGCCCAUCUGGAACCAUGUUUGUGAAGUCAAUUGAUGCAUCAUCUUUUAUGAAAACUGGGGAAAAAACUUUUGAAUUACUUGAUACAUUUGUAGAACAAAUUGGGGAGGCUAAUGUAGUCCAAGUAGUAUCGGAUAAUGGAUCUAAUUAUGUGUUGGCUGGGAAGUUGUUGGAAGCAAAAAGGCCAAAUUUAUAUUGGACUCCAUGUGCUACACACUGCAUUGACUUUAUAUUAGAGGACAUUGGGAAAAUUCCUAGAAUUGUAAAAACUUUAGAAAGGGCCAUUCAAUUGACUGGAUAUAUCUACAACCAUGGGGGUGUCUACAAAGAGAGCUGGUUAGGGCUGGAAAAACUAGGUUUUGCACUUCAUAUCUUACAAUAA